GCAAAAUGGCACAUUUACCUUCUAUUUGUGGUUAUCGAUUUUAAAGUGUUUGUCUAUUUUUUUUUUUUAAAUAGUCACGAAUAACAGUUUUGUUGGGCGGUUCUUGAAGCGUUGUUUGCAAUGUAACGAAUGAUUCACUUGGAAAAUUAACAAGAUCACAGCGAGCCAAGGACUUAAAUUGGAAGGAGGUUCAUGAAAUUUCAGCAGUUUCCGAGGUAGAUGGACACAAGGCUGGAGAAAAGAUGCCAUUUUUAAACUAGACAAUGUCGUUACAAGCUUCAGAUAAAGGGGAUCUUGGCGGACAUAAUCAGAAAAUGGAGGGUGAUGUUGAACUCACACAGAAGAGUGAACCUCAAAGUCCUACAGAAAGUGACAGUUUGACAGCUUCCGUUUGUUGCUGCUCGGAUUUUUAUUUCCCCAGAAGGUACAUUGUGACGAUCUUAGCGACGCUUGGAAUGGUUGUUGUAUAUUGUAUGAGAACAAACGUUGGAAUUACCAUGAUAACUAUUUUGGAUGAAGAAGCUCAUAUGAAAGUCGGAACACAACAAGCUAAAUGGAAUCUCCCUACUGUAGAAUGGAACACAAGAAUGGCUGAGCUUCUCCACAGUUUGUUCUAUAUCGGUUUCUUCCUGUCUCAGUUACCCUCUGGGUACCUCACCACAAAGUGGCCAUGUCACAAAACAUUUGGUGCCUGUAUACUAUUUUCGGCCUGUCUGAACGUUCUACUUCCGGUCAGUAUAGAACAUUUGGGAUACACGAUCAGCUGCGUCAUCAGAUUUUUCCAGGGAGCCGGGGAAGGCUUUCUUUAUCCAGCAGUCUAUGGCGUACUACGUCACUGGACGACAGCCAAUGAAAGGGGGCGUCUUGUGGCAGCCGUUCUGACAGGGACAUAUACCGGUGCCAUCGUAGGAUUCCCCAUAAGUGGAUUUAUUACUCACUACAUUUCAUGGGAAUACGUCUACUAUGUGUCGAGCGGUAUGUGCAUUCUGUGGUAUUUUGCGUGGUUAUGUUUUGUCUUUGAGAAACCAUCACAUGACACAUCAAUUAGCCAAUCGGAAUUCGAUUAUAUUUUAAAGAACCAAGGGGAAUAUACUGUAGAAUACGAGAAUUUAAAAGUACCAUACCGGCAGAUUCUGACGUCAUUACCCGUAGUCUCUAUAUGUUUGUGCCAUUUUGCCAGAAAUUGGGUCAUUAUUUUACUCCUGACCAAUGAGCCGUAUUAUCUCAGUAUGUUUGGUUUUAGCGUUGCCGAAAAUGGCGUGUAUUCCUCGAUCCCACACGUGCUUCUGGUUCUAUGCACGUUCACCAGCGGGUACAUUGCGGACUUCCUUCAGCUGAAUCCCAAGUAUUCCACCACCUUUAUCCGGAAACUGCUGACAGGGAUAGGUUUUAUAUUACAAGGCGCCUGCUUUUUCGUGUUGACCCUCCUUCAGACAGGGGCAUCCGUUCUUGUUGUUCUUUCGUUAGCCAUGGGCUUCUUUGGCCUUUCUGUCUCCGGGUGGCAGGUAAACUAUUACGACCUUUCCAGUCGCUAUGCCAACAUCAUAGUGAGUGUGUCGUCAUCCUUCGCUGCUUUGGCGGGAGUGAUCACUCCACUUGUUGCCGGAGAAUUUUUGUCUCCAAAUAGUUUGAGGGGAUGGAACUUCACUUUUUACGUCACAGGGGCAAUAGUACUAUUUGCUGCCUUGGUGUUUUUAGUUUUUGGAUCAGGUGAGGAGCAGCCCUGGGCUAAUCCACCGGAUGGUAUUGUGUUAAUACAGAAAGUCGAUCCACUUGCCCGAAAGCCAUAUACGAUAGAAAGUAAUGAUAAAGUGCCAAGUAAACAAGAACCUUCAAACAAAGACAAUAUAUUUUUGGACCCCACACCCGAACAAAUUAACAAAGUCGUUAAUAGGAUGUCAACAGCGGCCAAAAAAGAUAGAUAAUGCAUUUCUACGUACUGUCUAGACACAUGUCUGUGCUUUCUUUCAUUUACACUGAAAAGGGUGUGAGAUAAUGAUUUGAUGUCUUUCAUUAUUUACCUUCAUUGUUGUAUUAUGACGUUACUAUUGUGACGUAACACUUUUUCUAUCGAUUUUGUCUAUGACGUCAUCUAUGUAUCUGAGUCAUUAGCAACAUAGUGUCAUGGGUUAGAUCUAGAAAGUAUGUCUUUUUCCAAUCUCACGACAAAAAAGGAAGUAGAUGGUGAAAGUAAUUACCCUUGCCAAGGAUGUGAACCUCCAAAAAAUACACCGAGGCCAGAAAAGCCAAAGAACUCGGGAAACCGAAAGGAAAUAAAUACAAAAUUUGAAUAUGAAACUUGUUCACGACUUAGAGAUGAAAAAGGAAAUGCUGCCAUAAUAUCUUGCUCUAUGGAGAAAAAUUAUUCGACACAAAAAAAUUCUUUACAUUCUUUGGAAAAUGCAGAACUUCUUAUUAAUGAAUAUGAUGGUCUAGAGGGGAAACACAAUAACAGUAGCUCUGCUGAUGCGUUAAAAGAAUCUUCAGAAAACCAAAUUAAUUGUAGAAAACAGGAGAAAAAUGAAUACCGAGAAGAAGCAAAACAAGAACACACCAACUCCCCUACUGCUCCCGAUGUUUUACAGGAGUUCGCUUCUGUCAGAGACGAAGAAGAAAACGUGGUACCAAAAGUAUCCAAACAGAGAAUGAGGAAAAGGGGAAAGGAUUUACUUCGCCCGAUAAACAAGAAGGUAAAAAUGAAAAAGUUACCAAUCAAAGAACUAGGAACCCUGAAACAGGAUGGGGAAACUAUUUUUGGUGGAAUAUUUCGAUUGCACGUAUGUAAUAAACAAGAGGGGAAACGUCUGGAAAAACUGAAGAAGAAAAAGAAAUGUAAAGUACAUAAAGUACCGCUCGGUAACGCCACGGAAGACGAUGUGCCAGAGAAGUGGUUUGGUAAAAAAGUGUGGAAUACACUCUGUCACUAUCCUCAGCUCGGCUCGCACGCCAGGGAGGAAUAUUAUCGCCGAAUAAUUAAGUGGAGGAAAGGCUUUGCUUCAGAUGUUAAUAAUGAUGAAUGUAUUCUGUGUGACAUUCAGCAAGUUACACCUAAACCGUUAUUCAAGGAUAUCGAUACGAUAAAUUACAGCCAUGAUUUCUAUGAAAGAUUUUCUCGGCAAUCUCGAAAUACCGCUUCGUCCUCUACGCCUGUCGCAGAGGAAGAAAUGAUCUUUAAACACAGGUCUCCUCCUCCCGUUCCGCCAACCUCUUCUGUAGGAUCCACCCCCGUAUCUCCAGUCCCUAGACGGUACUCUAAUAUCGUGUCACCUUGUAAAAUGACAAAGUCUUCUCCACAAAAAAUGUUAAGAGAGAAGUCUUUGACAAAUUAUGUAUCCCCAAAAGAUACUCCUAACAUUGAAUUUACAGAGGGUUUUUAUCUUCAAAGGUCAAAGUUUAUUCACGAAAAGUGUGCACCAAAUAUUCCACCGGUUCGAUGGGCCCCCGAGAGAAAUCCAAGUAGAAUUGACUUUCUCUAUCGGCGAAACGGCUUUAAAGCUUGCUUAACAAAGAAGGAGACGACUACAGGGAACACAGUCAACAUUCCUCCAAUUCAGAAAUUUGCGGUAAAAGAUCUCGGAGUGACGUAUGUCCUACCUGACUCCAAUCAAAAUCUCGCUGAACGUCACGUGAGCAUACCCAAGUGCUACACGUACAGUCCCAGGUCUCCAUGGAAACCAAAGAGGACAGAUUCAGUCCCCGCCUCGAUUCCGCCCAUUCAUAGAGGACCAACAAACCGAGUGUCUCUCAGCUAAGGUCGCUAUUAGGGUCAGCUUCAUAAUGGUUUAAAAUCAUUGCGUUCUCAUGUAUUUUCAAAUAUGAUUAAAGUAAGCAAGCGUUUUAAAAAAGGAAAUUAUUCGCAAUUAAUCUUUUAAAAGAUUUUUUGUAUCAUUAAGUCAUUUCUUGCCUAAUAAUACCUUCAAUUCCUCCAUUUUUUUCUCAGUGACAUUUAUAUCUUUUAUUGCAUUACAUGUGUGAAUUGCUCACAAAUAAAACCCAAUACUUUUUAACUACAGUGUAUGCUUCGUAGAAAAUAUCGUUGACAUUAAAAAGAUAUGUUCUGAAUA